GUCGGCGGUAGAGAAAACUAAACAAAAUUAUGUGAAAAAUUCUGCUUUAAUUAGCAUCUUGUUUCGUUGUUUUAUUAGACAACUUCCCCACUCCUUAACAAGGGUAUAAUGGAGUCUCCUCCUGUGAUAGUAAAAUGCGCUGCCCAAACCACUCCCGUAACGACCCUCAUCUAUUCCGAAAAAUAAAAAUGUUCCACUGACACACUUUGAGGCCAUUUCUCGAGCAAAGUAGGCGAAUUUCCAGGGACACGAGGACUUCGGAUUUGUAAAACAGCUUUCCAAAACUGAGCCGGUGUCUGUGUGCCUCGCAUCCCGCCCCACUCCGGCUUCUUCAGCUCAGCAUCCAUGUUUCCCCAUCCGCGUGUGUGAGAGAGAGACAGAGAGAGCGGCUGAAGGGAGUGGCAGACGCUGACAAAUCUCAUGCCGGGGGAAGCCGACGGAGCCAUCCUUGUACAGAACAUCUAAAGUUCGUCUUUAUAUUCCACAGGAUUUGUACUUUAUAAGUCCUGCAGGUGAAAUGGAGAGAGAAAUUCGUCAUCCUCACAUUUAGUGGCUCAACAAGAACCCUUAAUAGCUGCGAAACUUGACGUUUCACCAGUGGACAUAAUGAACGUGCUGAAGUCCAGUGGCUUGAAGAUCCCAGGCAGGGGUCCCAAACACGCCAGUCCAGUUGGACGGACCACCGCUGCCCCAUCGACUAGCCCCGCAGCUCAGAAAGACAGUUGCCCACACAAGCAGACCACUCCCACCCCCAGCAGCAACACUUCAGACAAAUCCAGCUCUAAAGCAUCCGAGGUGGGUGAUGAGGUGGCCGGGGACUUUGUGCUUGGUGAACGCGUCUGGGUGAACGGAGUCAAACCAGGAGUCAUUGCCUAUCUCGGGGAGACCCAGUUUUCCCCUGGACAAUGGGCAGGAGUUGUGCUGAAUGACCUGGUCGGGAAGAACGAUGGCUCUGUCAACGGGGUGCGUUAUUUUGAGUGCCAGGCCUUACAGGGCAUCUUUACCAGGCCCUCCAAGCUGACCCGGCAACUCAUCGGAGACGGUGGUGACGAGCAACAGCAGAACGUGCAGCUGCAGGGUGGUCCCGUAGCAUCCGGUCAGCGCGUGGUCAUGCCGCUAAGAGAAGGCAUGCUCAACAGCUCUGUCAAGACAGGCAACGAGUCCGGAUCCAACAUGUCUGACAGUGGAUCUGUGAAGAAGGGUGGAGAGAAGGACCUUAAGGUUGGGGAUCGAGUGCUGGUUGGCGGCACUAAAACAGGAGUGGUGCGGUACGUGGGGGAGACUGACUUUGCCAAGGGCGAGUGGUGCGGAGUUGAGCUGGAUGAGCCAUUGGGAAAGAACGAUGGAGCUGUAGCUGGAACCAGAUAUUUCCAGUGUCCGCACAAGUUUGGCCUCUUUGCUCCAAUCCACAAAGUGAUCCGCAUUGGCUUCCCGUCCACCAGUCCAGCUAAGGCUAAGAAGAGCAAACGUAUGGCGAUGGGCGUGUCAUCUCUGGCUCACAGCCCCUCCAGCUCCUCCAUCAGCUCUGUCAGCUCUGUGGCCUCCAGCGUGGGGGGCAGACCCAGCCGCACAGGCCUGUUGACCGAGACAUCGUCGAGGUACGCACGGAAGAUCUCUGGGACCACAGCACUGCAGGAGGCCCUGAAGGAGAAACAGCAGCACAUAGAGCAGCUCCUGGCUGAGCGAGACCUAGAGAGGGCCGAGGUCGCCAAGGCAACCAGUCACAUCUGUGAGGUGGAAAAAGAGCUGGCGGCACUAAAGGCCCGACAUCUGCAGUAUGCAACAGAAACGGAGAGCAACGUUCAGCAAGUUCGAGCCCUGCUGACAACUGCUCAGAAGGAAAAAAUGGAACUGGCCAAUCAGCUUGAAGAAGAGAAAAGGAAGGUGGAGGAUCUUCAGUUCAGAGUUGAGGAAGAGUCCAUUACCAAAGGAGACCUGGAGGUCAGAGGCAGAAUCCAGCCAACCCCCGUGAGGCUGGACAAGAGUAUCAAGCAAACCACAGUUGAGGAGAAGAGUCGUGUUAUCCAGUUAGAGGAGGAGUUGGCCGUACGCAAAGCUGAGAUCGAGGGGCUACAGGCUCGUCUGCAGAGAGGCUCCUCUGGUCCGGCGACAGAUGUCUCUGGACCGGCCAUGAGCUCGGAGACUCUGGUCUUGCGGGAACAGCUGCUCUCUGCUGGCCGGGAACACCGCGAAGAGAGCAGCCAGCUGCGCGAGAGGUACGAGGCGUCCCUGAUUAGCAGCCAGAAGGAAGUUGAACGCCUUAAAGCCACCACAGAACGUCAGGGCCAGGAGAUCUCUGACCUGAAGCAGAGACUUCAGCAGGCCACACGUGAAAACAUUGAUAUGAUGGACAACUGGAAAGACAAGCUCGACACCUUGGUUGGAGACCAUAGGCGUGCCCUAGAGGAACUGAAAGCCUCAUUAACGGGAGAUCGUGGAGAGGCUGAGAGCGCUGGAGGUGAGGGUGAAGGAACCACACUUGAGAUGAGAGCGGCCCUAGAGAGCCUAAAGAUGGAGCGGCAGCUAGAAGUGGAGAACCUGAAGGCCAAACACGAGAUCGCGGCCGCAGUGUUGACCAAGGAACGCGAAAACCUAUGUGCCCGACUUCAGGAACUGAGACAUCAGCUUGAGGAGAGCGAGGAGAACUGGAAGAUCCAGGUGGAAGCUAAGAGCAACCAGCAUAAUGUGGAACUCAAAGAGGUUUUCGAGAAGCUUCAAAAGACCGAGGUGAGGAUCGGCGAGCUGGAUAGGUCCAAUGAGGAGCGCGAAAGAGCCAGUCAGCUUUUAAAAGAGGAACUGGAGCUGGCUGAGAAGAAGAUGGUGGACUAUGAGGCUCUGCAGAAAGCUGAAGCUCAGAGUCGGGCGGAGAUCCUCUCUCUUCAGGAGAAGCUGAGGGUCAGUGAGAACCGACUCCAAGCUGUAGAGGCCGAUCACACCACCAAGGAUGUUAAUAUGAUAGAAAAUAACGACAGCUCUGAAGAGAAGAUUAAAUUAAAACAGAAUAUGGAAGAAACUCUAGAGAAACUCAACAAAAGGGAAAAAGAAGUAUCCACUCUGACAACCCAAGUUGAUGCCCUAAAAUCCCAAAUAACGGCCUUGGAGGACAAGGUUCAUCUGGGAGAGAAGAAAGCAGAUGGACUCUUAAAUAUGAAAGUGCGUUUAGAAACGGAUCUGGAGUCCAUGACCAAGAAGUCCCAUGAUGCAUCUGGCCAGCUGGUGAUUAUUAGCCAGGAGCUGCUGAAGAAAGAGAGGAGCCUGAAUGAGUUGCGGGUGUUGCUGCUGGAAUCUCCUCGUCACUCUCCAGGAGUGGAUUGGGAUCUUAGCCGUGAAGUCCACAGGGCAGAGUGGAGGAUGAAGGAGCAGAAACUACAGGACGACAUCAAAACCCUGCGGGAGAAACUUUUGCUGCUGGGUCGAGAGAGGAUGUCCCCAGACCACCGGAGGUACUCUAUGAUGGACCCGUCCACUUCAGAUACAGAUGUGGCCCGUCUGCGUCAGAGGCUGCUGAACACAGAAGAGGCUUUGAGGAACGCUUUGGAGCACAACCAACACGUGGACCAGCUAGUGCAAGCCAUGCGCACCCGUCCAGACAAAAACCAGGCUCAUGCUAGUGCAAAUUCAGCAAAUGGAAUCCAUCAAGACGACACGUCCAUCGAACAAGAGGAAGAACACUGACGAGGGCUAAAGAAAUUUUCACGUGUUAGGAAAGAAUGGAGGUGAAUGGAUGAAGAAGCCAAUCUGAUGCCUAGACCUUUGGACUAAUGCUUCACUGGACAUCUUAUGUUCUUUUUACAGUUAACACCAGAACUAUAUCGAUGAAGAAACAGAAACUACAUUAUGAAGAAUAUCUAAUAUGGCUCGAGAUGCUAAAAAAGCAUACAGGAAGUGGUUUUUAAGGUCACGAUACAACUUCUGACACCGACCCUGUAAGCUACCUCCGAGAUGGACAGACUCGAUCGAGAUCCUCAGAAAAACAACAUUCUGCUGUAAUCCCAGUUGCUUGUAACCGGUUGCUGUUUAGGAAACAAUUCUGGCCUCAAUUUUUACCUGUUUUAUUUAUUUGUCAUUUAUGAAUAAUCAAAAACUCUUUCCCACUCCCAGCUUUGGCUUUGAAGGACUUGGGCUUGUCAUUUUUCAUAGAUACUGUAGCAAACAACUUAAUAAAAAGUCAGGCUCCUGGAUUCCAUACCUGCCCAUAUUUGUGUUUUUAUUGUCAUUUACGAGUACAAAUUAUACAGUAUUCAGCAACCACUUUAUACAUUGUAAAGUAAUGUAUGCAUAAUACAAUAUUAGCAGACGGUUCAAAUACCCAACCUGUAGUUAAAAUCAAAUCAACAAAGAGCAAACCGCUUCCAUUGAAUGUUUUUUAAAUCCGAUGCAUGUUGCCUUUUAGUAAAACUUCCAUAUUUUAGUUCACUUUAUGGUAAUUCAUGACAAAAUGAUCUUUGCCAAAAUUAAAGGUACUACAUGAUAGUGUUGCUUUGGUUGGAUUUAACAGCUUUGACAUUGAUUUUCUUUUUUCAGUUGCCAGGGUCUUAAAGUGACAUUUUGCUGAUGCAAACACUCAUAUUUCAUAAUGGGUACAGGCCCAUCAUUUUAAAUCUAGCUUCUCUUGUAUUGCUGUUAGUCAAUGGAUGUUUUGCGUACAUGCAAUGUAACAUUCAAGCAACACGUUUGACAAAAGGGAUUAUUGGAUUAGGACUCUAAGGUUUGAUCAUAAAUCAACGUUAUAUGAAUGUGAUUGUCAUAACAAGCAAAAAUAAUUUGCUCUCAAAGGGAAAUUGAUAGGGCUGGCCCCAAGAUUUGCAGUUGAAAUUGCUUCUGAUUGCUGUUGGAAUCGAUAAAAGAUGCAUUUCAUGUGUUGGGAAACAUUUCACUCUAGACUUGCUGUAAUGGUUCCCAAAAAUCAGUAAUUAAACAUUAAUAAAAUCUUUGUACCUUG